CGCAAUGACAUCGGCAAACCGGGGUCUAGGCUGAUAGUAAGGCUCCGCCAAACACAAGUACCACGACGACCUUUAACCCCCACCAAUACUCUACUUCGUUAUUAUUACGAAAGCACAGAGUAAAGAUGGAUAACAAUGGGCCCCCGCAACCGGGACCUCCGAAUAACCCUGAUGCCCCUGACAAGGAGGCUAUGGACCAGAUUCGACGACGACGACUCGAGAAGCUAGGAGGGUCAACGACUCCAGAUAGAAACGCCUCCCCGGGAGCUGGGCCCUCACGAUCAAACUCGCAGUCAGCUACAGACACACCUACACAACCGCAAGUCCUGGCGCCCAGGGCCGCGAAGCCACCGAUGGCCACGCCACCACCACCUAGCUCCCAGAGCCCGCUCGACAAAUCGAAAGAUAAGCCAGCUAGCUCAAGCUCAUCUACAACUAUUAGGAUAGCUCCUGCAGAUGCGGCGGGGAAGAGACCGCGGGAAGCAUCGGGGGGAUUAUCAGGCCCGCCGACUCGCAAAGCGACGCCUCAAGCAACAGAUGAAUCGCCCCAGGACUUUGAGAACAGGGCGCUCAGUACCAUAUUUCGCGUCACGCUGGAAGGAGAGAACAAAACAGAUUCAUCGGGCCACAAGCUCACAUACCUCCCAGAUGUAAGGCAAGAGCUGCAGGAUAGCGGAGAGCAUGUCGGAUUAUCCCUCGGUGCACUCGAUUCCAUAUUGAUGGAAGUAUGCCUGAAGAUUCCCCACACCAAGCCCAUACUGGAAUACUUGCUUCCGUGCUGGAAACGAAUUAUGAGGUCGAACAGGAGCUUGAGAGGACCAGCUCAGCAAAAAGAUGCGAUACUGAAAGAAGCUAAGCGGUUGUGCAUGAGUAGCUGCAUCUUUGCACUGACCAUGCCAGAGCUAUACGGGCGUGAUGAGACGUCAUACAAGGACUCCUUAACACCUCACUUUUUGUUGGAUCCUGAAGAUGAUAGAGGCUUGUGCCCCGAGUUCUUGGCUGAAGCUGUUUCCCGGGUCGAUGAAGAUGAGUCCGUUACACCAAUGUUUACAAGUGCUGUCAUCAACCUCAGCACUCAGCUGUCGCGAAUGACAAUGAACGAUAACUACAAACCAUAUGUGCAGGCUCUCAAGAACUUGACUCGUUUCCCAGUUAUCACAACUGCAGUUGCAGAAGACCCCGUGUUUCUCAUGGCCACCUCCGCACAUGGCAUAGAACAGCAUACUAUUCUCGGCCCCUUCUUUCGGAUAUCGGUUUUGCAGACGGAAGUCACCAAGUCUUACUUUGCAUCACCCAAGACCAUGGAUAAAUCCCUCGUUGUUACCUCGCAAAGUGCCCUGCGAAUGACGCUUAACAACCACCAGAAAGACCUCUUAGACAUAAUAAACCAGUUCGUGCGCGCAAGUACGUCUUCGCGGAAUCGAACUUUAGACUGGUUUGCUUGGAUUGUUAAUGCCAACCACAAGCGCAGAGCUAUCAGGGUUGAUGAGAGGCAGGUCUCAUCUGAUGGUUUCAUGAUGAAUGUCACUGUGGUAUUAGACGGUCUUUGCGAGCCGUUCAUGGACUCAACAUUUUCCAAGGUGUCCAAGAUUGAUCCAGACUAUUUCAGGCGCAGUCCAAGAAUUGAUAUCAAGGACGAGACGAAGCUCAACUCUGACCAAAAGACAUCUGAUAAGUUCUACGAGGAGAAGCUAGAAGGAACACCGAACUUCAUCACAGAAGUCUUUUUCUUGACAGUGGCUGCUCAUCAUUACGGCAGUGAAGCCGCCAAUAGCAAGCUGAAAUCCUUGGACAGGGAUAUCUCGAGUCUCCAAAAGCAACUAGCAAUAUAUGAGCAAGAGCGCCCGAGAUUCUUAUCUGACCCCAGGCAGCUUGCUAUGAUCGAACUAAACGUGAAGAGGUAUAAUGAUAUUCUAGAAAAAUCGAUGCGACUGAGGCAUGCGAUCGAGGGUGUUCUAUUCGACGAUGUGAUGCAGGCUCGGUCCUUGCAAUUUAUGAGAUACCUUAUUGUGUUUAUGCUGCGAACUGCUUCAGGCUCCGACUAUGUUCCGGGGAAACCAUUCUCAUUGCCAUUGCCAGAGACCCAACCCGAAGUCUUCAAGAACUAUCCGGAGUACAUGCUUGAUGAUAUUGUCAGCAACUUUGAGUUCAUUUUCAACUAUCUCUCACAAGUCAUUAUCUCCACGCAAACAGACGAGAUUAUUGUGCUCUGUAUCAGCUUUCUUCGCAAUUCUGAGUACAUUAAGAACCCGUCACUUAAAUCGGGAUUGGUAUCGUUGCUUUAUCACGGCACAAUCCCCGUGUAUCACCGACAAAAGGGUGUUCUUGGAGAUGCUUUGACGACGGAUAAAUUUGCGAAUGACAAUUUAUUGCAUGCUCUCAUCAAGUUCUACAUCGAGUCCGAGUUUUCAGGGGCUGCUAACGCAUUUUACAACAAAUUCAGCAUUCGAUAUGAGAUUUUCCAGAUCUUCAAAUGCAUUUGGAGCAACAGUGUAUACCGAGAGCGCCUCACGCAAGAAAGCAAGGUCAACACCGAAUUCUUCGUUCGCUACGUCAAUCUCCUUAUUUACGAUGCGACGUACCUCCUGGACGAGUGUUUGACCAAGUUCCCCAAGAUCCAUGAUUUGCAGGUUGCUUUGAGUCCUAAUGCGGUAGCGUCGUUGUCCGAAGAAGAUCGCAAGGCCAAAUCAGAGGAAUUAAGUCAACUUGAAGGGCAAGCAAAAUCAUACAUGCAGCUGGCAAAUGAGACAAUCUCCAUGAUGAAGCUUUUCACUGGCACUUUGAGCGACGCCUUUGCGAUGCCUGAAAUCGUUCAGCGCUUGGCUGAUAUGCUGGAUUAUAACCUGGAUACGCUCGUGGGGCCGAAAUCUGCCAAUCUUAAGGUGGAAGACCCAUCAAAGUAUUUCUUUACCCCGAAGUCGCUUCUUGCAGAGUUCAUCGAUAUCUACCUGAACCUAAGCCACCAGAAGCGUUUCGUCGAGGCUGUGGCCAGAGAUGACCGGUCCUACAAGCCAGCAAACUUUGACAGCGCAACAAGGAUUCUAGAGCGGUGGUCUCUGAAAUCAAAGGGAGAGCUAGCUGCGUGGAUCAAGCUAAUCGCCAAAUUCAAGGCUGCGAAGGAAAUUGAAGAUAAGGCCGAUGUGGAUCUUGGGGAGAUUCCCGAUGAGUUCUUGGAUCCACUGAUGGCCACGUUGAUGGAAGAACCGGUCAUCUUGCCCAUUAGCAGAAUGACUGUAAAUAUGAGCACUGUUCGAAGUCUCAUGCUGAGUGAUGGAAUCGAUCCAUUCAACAGGCAGCCGAUUAAUAUCGAUGAUGUAGCGCCUGACGAGGAUAUGAAGGAGAAAAUUAAGCUAUUUAAGGAGGAGCGAAGGGCGGCGGCGAAGCAGCAAACAAUUGAGGACGUUAUGGAUAAGGACGUUAUGGAUACAUCGGAACCGUAGGUUAUGGAUCUGGGAACGAUGGGUCAGGGGCGCACAUAGAGGAGUAAAAGAGGUUUGUUGAUUAAGAGCUAUCGAGGAAUAUCAACCUCCCAAUAGCACGAAGACCAGCAUAUAGGAAUUAGACUCCCAUCACAACAUCAAAUAUAUACAAUAAUCCUCCCA